AGUCAUCAUUAUUCUUCUCAGCUGUGAUGGAGAGAAGAUCAUCUGCUCCUGGAUGACUUAAACCAUUAUUUUAUCAGUAGUGAUGGAGAGGAGAGCAUGUCCUCCUGGUUCUCAGUGGGAUUCUCUGCUCAAGCAUUGCAUCUCCCACAGAUCCCUGGGACUGACACCAUCAGCGGUUCCUCCGCCGGUCCUGAAGCCGGUGCUGAGCACCAGAGGUCUGGAUGAGUCCUGGUCCUCCAUCAGCCCCAGCGUGUGGAUCUGUGUCGGGCUGGUCGUGAGUGUGUCGGUUCUGGUGCUGCUGCUUUGGUUCAUCAUCUACAGACGCCACAGCAGGACCUCACAGAGCACAGGUGAAAAGGACUCUACGCCUCACACCCCGACAACCAUAGAACAGGAAGAGGAAGCCCCGUCACCUUGGCCGCACUUCAAUGGCCAGACACAGGAAAUGCCAAUCAAAGAGGGACCCUGUGGGCGGAGCCUGUGUAAUGGAUGGGCAGAGCAUGGGCUGCCACUUCCUGCCACAGAAUUGGGAAACUCUGCCCUGGUCACCACCAAAACCGGACAACCUGUAUAAGUCUGAAGAGUAAUGUGAACAGCAGAAUUAAUACAUAGGGUAAAUAAUCCAACAUACCAGUUGUACUCUUGCUAUGAAUCCAGCUCGUAUUCAUAUUCACUUCAAACUAUAGACCUCGUGAAAUCAAAACUGCAGUUCUGUGGAUCUCAGUUCAUGAUGUUGUCAGAGAUCUUAACAUGGAAGGAGAUGCAGAAAACGAUUCACCAGCAGUGGCAUCUGUCAGUCCUCAAC